AUGGCCCUGCCCAGCCCACAGGUUCCAAUGGGGUUGCCAGCGUCGCUGAUGGGCCCGGCGCAGCAUACCUCUUGGCCCUGUGGCUCAGCUGUCCCCGCAUUGAAGAGCCUGGUAACCUUUGAAGAUGUGGCUGUAUAUUUCUCCCAGGAGGAGUGGGAACUCCUUGAUGCAGCCCAGAGGCACUUGUACCACAGUGUGAUGCUGGAAAACCUUGAGCUUGUGACCUCACUUGGUUGUUGGCAUGGAGUAGAGGGUGAGGAGGCCCAUCCCAAGCGGAAUAUUUCUGUAGAAGAGGUGUUACCGGUCAGGAUCCCCAAUGCAGAUUCUUCCACCAAGAAAGCUAACUCCUGUGACAUGUGUGGGCCAUUCUUGAAAGACAUUUUGCACCUGGCUGAGCAUCAGGAAACACACUGUGAGGAGAAACCCUACCCAUGUGGAGCAUGUGGGAGAGACUUGUGGUUGAAUGCAAACCUUCACCAGCACCAGAAGGAGCAUAGUGGAGGGAAGCCCUUCAGAUGGUACAAGGACAGGAACACACUUAUGAAGAGCUCUAAAGUCCACCUGUCAGAGAACCCCUUCACUUGCAGGGAAGGUGGGAAGGUCAUCCUGGACAGCCGGGACCUCCUCCAGCUUCAAGCUGUUGACAGCGGGCAGAAGCUGUAUUCCAAUCUUGGGCAGCUUCCAGAAGUCUGUACCACACAGAAACUCUUCAAGUGCAGUAACUGUGGAAGAGCCUUCCUGAAGAGCUGCACUCUCCUCAGCCAUCUGAGAACUCACUCUGAAGAGACAUUUACAUGCCCAACAGGUGGAAAUUUCUUAGAGGACAAAUCAACCCUUGGUAAUCAAAAAUUUCACACUGGGGAAAUACCCCAUGUGUGUAAGGAGUGUGGGAAGACCUUUAGUCACCCAUCUAAGCUGAGGAAGCACCAGAAAUUUCACACUGAAGUAAGAUAUUAUGAGUGCAUUGCAUGUGGGAAAACCUUCAAUCACAAACUCACAUUUGUUCACCAUCAGAGAAAUCACUCAGGAGAAAAACCUUAUGAGUGCAGUGAAUGUGGGAAAGCCUUCAGUAACAGAUCACACCUCAUUCGACAUGAGAAAGUUCACACUGGAGAAAGGCCUUUUGAGUGCGUGAAAUGUGGAAGAGCCUUCAGCCAAAGCUCCAAUUUCCUUCGGCACCAGAAAGUUCACACACAGGUAAGACCUUAUGAGUGCAGUCAAUGUGGUAAAUCCUUCAGCCGAAGCUCUGCUCUCAUUCAGCACUGGAGAGUUCACACUGGAGAAAGACCGUAUGAAUGCAGUGAGUGUGGAAGAGCUUUUAACAAUAAUUCCAACCUUGCUCAGCACCAGAAAGUUCACACUGGAGAACGGCCUUUUGAGUGCAGUGAAUGUGGAAGAGACUUCAGCCAAAGCUCCCAUCUCCUUCGACAUCAGAAAGUUCACACUGGAGAACGGCCUUUUGAAUGCAGCGAUUGUGGUAAAGCCUUCAGUAAUAGCUCCACCCUCAUCCAGCACCAGAAAGUACAUACUGGGCAAAGGCCUUAUGAGUGCAGCGAAUGUAGGAAAUCCUUCAGCCGCAGCUCCAGCCUGAUCCAGCACUGGAGAAUUCACACUGGAGAAAAGCCUUAUGAGUGUAGUGAGUGUGGGAAAGCCUUCGCUCACAGCUCCACUCUCAUUGAACACUGGAGGGUUCACACAAAAGAAAGGCCUUAUGAGUGCAAUGAAUGUGGGAAAUUCUUUAGCCAAAACUCCAUUCUCAUUAAGCAUCAGAAAGUUCAUACUGGAGAAAAGCCUUAUAAGUGCAGUGAAUGUGGGAAAUUCUUUAGCCGAAAAUCUAGCCUUAUUUGUCAUUGGAGAGUUCACACUGGAGAAAGGCCUUAUGAAUGCAGUGAAUGUGGGAGAGCCUUUAGCAGUAACUCCCACCUGGUUCGUCAUCACAGAGUUCACACACAAGAAAGGCCCUAUGAAUGCAUCCAGUGUGGAAAAGCCUUUAGUGAAAGAUCUACACUUGUUCGGCACCAGAAAGUUCACACCAGAGAAAGGACUUAUGAGUGUAGCCAGUGUGGGAAACUCUUCAGCCAUCUCUGUAACCUUGCUCAGCAUAAAAAGAUUCAUAUCUGAGUGGAGCCUUAUAGAAGUGGUCUUUGUGAGAAAAUCUUCAGCCAAGUCAAACUUUAUGCAGCAGUAUCCCCAUACCAGAAAAAUUACCUACAUGUACUGCUAAUGUGGAGAAGCCUUCAGAAGCUACUCUGUUUCUGACCAACCCAGGAACCUUUGCAGGGCCAUCUCACCCAUGCAGCAUAAGGCAGAAGCCAUAGCCACUUUCCAGCUUGCCUGGAUCCAA